AUUUAUUUUUCAUGAGAUGUUACUGAAAGCCUUGUGCAUAUAAUAAUGCCUACAACAGGUCGGUAGACUACAUAUACAUAAUCAUACAAUAAAAAUUUACACAAAAUACAUAUUUCGAAAUAUUAUCAUCAUAACUUUAUCAUGUAGCACAACCGUAAUUUUUAGUGCGGUAUAUCCAGUGAGUUGUGAGUUUCCCAGACUACAGCAUCACAAAAAUCGAUACCUGCCUACAAUCUAACACCCUUCUACAUCAACGAGCAUCGUUUAGUUUAUCUCGCGUGAAAAAAUAUCUAUUUAUCUAACAAUCCCUUUUGUUUCAUUAAAAUAUAAUACCUAAAUAUGUAUUACAUAGUAACGUAUGCUUUUUUGUUAAGUGGACUUAGUGUCGCAUUUGUAUCGGGAAGUUCGCGGGAUUGGAAUUCUCCAAAUCCUACAGUUUUUAAUAUCGGGGGUGUAUUAAGCAGUAAUGAUAGCGAAAAAUAUUUUAAGGAGACCAUUGAUCAUUUGAAUUUUGAUUCUCAGUAUGUUCCAAAAGGAGUUACUUACUAUCACACUGCAAUUUUAAUGGAUCCAAAUCCCAUACGAACUGCUUUAAAUGUGUGUAAAUAUUUGAUUUCCAGUAAGGUAUACGCAGUGGUUGUAUCCCAUCCCCUCAUUGGAGAUUUGUCUCCUGCUGCAGUAUCAUACACAAGUGGUUUUUACCAUAUUCCUGUUAUCGGAAUUUCAUCAAGAGACUCGGCAUUCUCAGAUAAGAAUAUUCAUGUAUCGUUUCUAAGAACGGUUCCUCCCUAUUCACAUCAGGCUGACGUUUGGGUAGAAAUGUUAAAAUACUUUAAUUACAAAAAAGUUAUAUUUAUUCAUAGUUCCGAUACAGACGGAAGAGCCUUACUUGGCAGAUUUCAAACAACUUCUCAAAGCCUAGAAGAUGAUGUGGACAUUAAAGUUCAGGUUGAAUCGGUAAUAGAAUUUGAAUCAGGUUUGGACAGCUUUAAGGACCAACUUAAGGAAAUGAAGAAUGCCCAAGCAAGAGUUUAUCUGAUGUAUGCGAGCAAGACAGACGCUAAAGUGAUAUUCCAUGACGCAGCUGCAUUAAAUAUGACCGAUGCUGGAUAUGCAUGGAUAGUCACAGAACAAGCAUUAGAAGCUGACAAUGCCCCGGAAGGGAUCUUGGGACUGAAACUUGUUAAUGCCACAAAUGAAAAGGCUCACAUUCGGGACAGUAUUUAUGUUCUGGCAUCUGCCUUGAGAGAUAUGAAUCAGUCGAAGGAAAUAACUGAAGCCCCAAAAGACUGCGACAACUCGGGUUCCAUAUGGGAAACCGGAAGAGACUUAUUUAAUUUUAUCAGAAAACAAAUACUAAUAAAUGGGGAGACAGGAAAAGUUGCGUUUGAUGACCAAGGUGACAGAAUUAAUGCCGAGUAUAAUUUAGUCAAUAUUCAAAGAAAGAAGAAAAAAGUCGUCGUCGGCAAAUUUUUCUUCAAAAGGGAAAGCGAUAAAAUGCAUUUGAAUGUCGAUGAAAAAAGCAUAAUUUGGCCAGGACGGCAAAGUGUAAAGCCAGAAGGAUUUAUGAUACCGACUCAUUUAAAGGUUUUGACUAUAGAAGAGAAACCCUUCGUAUACGUUAGAAAAUUAGAAGAGCCCCAAGAUGCUUGUACCACUGAAGAAAUUCCGUGUCCCCAUUUUAACACGGCAGUACACGUAACUCAUUGUUGUAAAGGAUAUUGUAUGGAUCUAUUGAAGGAAUUAUCAAAAAAGAUUAAUUUCACUUAUAGUCUGGCCCUUUCUCCAGAUGGUCAAUUUGGCAAUUACAUUAUAAAAAAUUUCUCUGUGGGUGGCAAAAAGGAAUGGACUGGUUUAAUAGGUGAACUGGUUGGUGAGAGGGCUGAUAUGAUAGUUGCACCACUGACUAUAAAUCCGGAACGAGCAGAAUUCAUAGAAUUUAGUAAACCAUUUAAAUACCAAGGAAUUACUAUUCUAGAGAAAAAGCCCUCAAGAUCAUCUACUUUAGUGUCAUUUUUACAGCCGUUUAGUAAUACAUUGUGGAUUUUAGUUAUGGUUUCGGUUCACGUGGUGGCCCUUGUCUUAUACUUACUAGAUCGAUUUUCUCCAUUCGGUAGAUUUAAAUUAGCAAAUACAGACGGAACCGAAGAGGACGCUCUAAACUUGUCUAGCGCAAUUUGGUUUGCAUGGGGAGUGCUCCUUAAUAGUGGUAUCGGUGAAG